UGCUCAAGAGGGUGAGCGCAGCACCCCAGGGCUGCAGAUGUGCCCAGGUGCUGGGCAGAGCGGCAGGUCCCGGCACCCCGUGGCACCCCGUGGCACCCCAGCAGGCACUGCUGAGGGGCCACACCAGCAGAGAGGACAUCGACAGGGAGGAUCGCUGCCAUGGCCAACUUGACGGCCCUUGUGGGCUCCAGGAGGAACUUGUGCACCUUCCAUGAGGAGUUCAAGCAGGUCCUGCUGCCCCUGGUCUACUCGGUGGUGUUCACGGUGGGGUUGCCCUUGAACGCUGUGGUCAUCGGGCAGAUCUGGGUGGCCCGUAAGGCGCUCACCCGCACCAUGAUCUACAUGCUGAACCUGGCCAUGGCUGACCUGCUCUACGUCUGCUCCCUCCCGCUCCUCAUCUACAACUACACCCAGAAGGAUUAUUGGCCUUUUGGGGACUUCACCUGCAAAUUCAUCCGCUUCCAGUUCUACACCAACCUACACAGCAGCAUCCUCUUCCUCACUUGCAUCAGCGUCCAGCGGUACCUGGGCAUCUGCCACCCCUUGGCCUCGUGGCACAAGAAGAAGGGGAAAAAGCUGACGUGGCUGGUGUGCGCCGCGGUGUGGUUCAUCGUCAUCGCCCAGUGCCUGCCCACCUUCGUCUUUGCUUCUACCGGCACCCAGAGGAACCGUACUGUCUGCUACGACCUGAGCCCACCAGAUCGCUCCGCCGCCUACUUCCCCUACGGCAUCACCCUCACCAUCACCGGCUUCCUGCUGCCCUUCGUGGCGAUCCUCGCCUGCUACUGCAGGAUGGCCCGGAUCCUGUGCCAGAAGGAUGAGCUGAUCGGCUUGGCGGUGCACAAGAGGAAGGACAAAGCCGUGCGUAUGAUCAUCAUCGUGGUCAUCGUCUUCUCCAUCAGUUUCUUCCCCUUCCACCUCACCAAGACCAUCUACCUGAUCGUCCGUUCCUCGCCCAGCCUGCCCUGCCCGGCUCUACAGGCGUUUGCCAUCGCCUAUAAGUGCACGCGUCCCUUUGCCAGCAUGAACAGUGUCCUCGACCCCAUCCUCUUCUACUUCACCCAACGCAAGUUUCGCGAGAGCACCCGCUACCUCCUCGACAAGAUGAGCUCCAAGUGGCGGCAUGACCAUUGCAUUACCUAUGGCUCCUAGGUGAGGACAAGGGCCACCUCGGUGUCACCGGGACUGGGCAUGGAGCAAUUUUGGCUUUAAGGUCCAUGGAGGAGAGAUGGCUUCAGUUGGGGACAUGCUGGAGGACAGGAGGAUGGCAUCUCCCAAGUUCUCAACACUUUCAUCCCAUCUCCAACCUGCAGUGGCGCAGUAUUAACCCCAUCACGGCACAGAUCCUGUGUCCUCUCUCUGGCUCAGUUGCUCAGUUUGAGCAGCUUAGCACCAUGUUUCUUUGGUGGCCGAGCCACCGAUGCAAUAAAAACCACUGGUGGGACCGUGGAGAACACACUGGGACUGUGGAGGACACGGUCCCUGGCUCAGGGCGAGCUGCUGGGGGGCAAUUUCUCCCCCUUCUCAUUUAAAGAUUCCCUGAUGGGGGCAUGCAAAGGCUGGGGAGGGUUUAGUUCAGCUCAUACCUGUUUGGGGAACAUGGGGCCGUGUGUUUCUCUAGCUCAAGAUCAGUGUCAUGGAUGUUUUCUGGGGUAAUACUGGGACAACCCUAAGCACCCCCAGCCCCAGAAGGGGGCCACACCAGUAAAAGACAUGGGCCUGCUGGUACCACUGGAGCUGCAAAACAGUGGGAAAGCAUCCCUGGAUAGACUGGGAACUGGGAAGGGAGACAUAAGGGCAACUGGGACACCCAUGCUGGAUUUCCCACCCAAGUGAUGACCAUGGGCUGGGUGAGACACAAGCCAGCGGUGUUGUCACCUGCCUGGGGACCUUCAGCAUCAUCCGGGUCCAGCUCCCUGCUUAGCCCACCACCCCAAAUCUGGCCCAUCCUGGCAUCCUUGGCAUCCUGCUGUCACCUCCUAACCAGGAUCCACCAAAAUCAGAGCCGGCACAGCCAGACACAAUUCCCGGAGUCAGGAAACCCAGGCUACCGAGCUACUCGGUGUCCUUGGCCAUGUCACCGCAUGUCUCACCGUUGGCUUGGCCUCCCCACCACCCCCAGGCUGCGUUGGGGCUUGAGCUUUGCUCCCCGCAGCCUCCGUCGGGAUGCUGCUCCCUCCCGGCAAGGAGGGAUUCGCUUACGUGACACGGGGUGGACAUACCACUAAUCGCUCUGCGAGUCUUCUUUAACAUGUAGGAUGUAUAGAAUAAACAUCCCUGCCUUUUUCA